UCCACCACAACACCUGCACGUCUCGACGCGGCUGGCAUUUGUUACUUCUUCUUUGCAGUCGUACUGCUACCUCUUGCCUUCUUAAACUCGUUUUCAGCUAGCAGCAGAUUUCUCGCAGCGGCGUGCAGCAGCAGUUGCCUUGUUUCAUUCGGCGCAGCACCUCUUGCUAAGCUAACAUGGCCUCUCAGAAGCCGCAAGGCCUGCCCAAUCCAUAUGGCCUUCCGAAUCCAUAUUCGCAGAAGAGUCUCCCAAAUCCUUAUGCCUCAGCAACUGUCGCCUCGGCUGCGCCUGUCAAGUACACGGAGGAGCAGGCAAAAGCCGAGCAGCAGAAGAAAGCACCUGGUAUCUACUUGAUUUGCUCCACACCAGCUUGAAACACGACUUAUGUGAACGUGUAGCUUUUCACAACCCACACAAUAUCAAACGCCCCCAAGCGAAGAAAGCUGGUGCAACCGUCAAGAAGCCCCUCAUGCCUGUGGUAUCGUCAGCCUCUUCCUCCGAUCCGGCGCCGGCCACCACCACGACGCAGCAGCAUGGCAUUGACUGGUACCGGAGCACCGCAGACGACGACGCUGCCAUCAUGGAAGAGAAGAGGCAGCGCAACUACGAAGAGAGGCAGAAAAAGAAGGAGCAGAAGAAGUUCGAGAGGCAGUUUGGACGGUGGAAUCCUCAUGCCCCGCAUAAACCCGAGCGAUACUCGAACCUGAGGGCCUACAGAGCCAGCGGGGGUUAUCGACGUAAAAAAGAAGCGUUUGGUGAUAUCUUGCGAGAGGCUACCGCCCAGAUGAAACUCCUUGCACAAGCCAAAGCGUCCGACGGAUCUCGACCGCUAUCUUCAUCAAGCGCUAAGCCACCUACGUUUGCUUCAAUGCCAUCGUUUGCCCCUCCACCCUCCUACGCCGACCCUACUGCUCCUCCACCUGAUCAGUCUGGAGAAGAUGCUUAUGCUCGUCGCAUGCAUCUCUUACAACAACAGCAAGGCACCCCUCCUCCGCCUCCGCCAGCCAUGCAGUACAGCGCACCACCCCCGCCACCCCCAGAGCCCUCGCACACGUUUCCUCCUCCACCCUCGGUUACGGAUGACUUCGCUCCACCUCCACCUCCUCCGCCGACAUCGUACGCAGGUGCAACCAUCUCCGCGCCCCCGGUUCGCUAUGCCAAUGCGACCAUCUCAGCCCCGCCAGUUCGCUACGAUCGUCCUGAUGUACCGAUGGCAGACGCCAACAACGAACCAGACUACGAUGAGCGCCCCGCGAAGCGUCCUAAGAUCAGCAAGGCAGAAGCAAUGAUGGCCAAGAUGGGUUACAAGAAAGGUCAAGGUCUGGGUAAAAACAACGACGGCGUCGUCACUCAUCUCGAAGUGAAGAUGCGGAAAGUGCCACAAGGUGCCAGCACCCUGGACGACGAGGGAGGCAAAGUCAAGUCUCAGCAAGUCUGGGACGUGCGUGGUGGCAUGCGGACGCAGAAAGACGAACCUGGGCAGUUUGGCGAGGAGUCCUGCGUUGUCGUCACCUGGGGAUGCGUCGAAGGCGUCGAUUGGGGUGCCAACGCUGACCGUAACGAUGGCGGUAUUCGACAGGACAUGGGCGAAGCUUUCAGCGCCAAGUUUGGUCCGGUCGAGCAUGUUCAGCUUGACGAGAACAACGACGACGGCGUGGUUUACAUCCAGUUCAAGUCCGUCCUGAGCGCUCUCAACGCUGUCAAUCGAUUCGAUGAAGGGUGGGAGUUCAGAGGUAGGAAGAUCCGUGCGAGGUACUACGAUGAGCGCAAGUUCCAUGCUGGCAUAUAUGAUCAUUAGGGCCCCGUCACCCUGGUCGUGUUGGCAUGUGUAAUGCACGCGAGUCAUAUUUCCCUUGGCGGGAUGAGUAACGAUACGAUGUAACAUUAUACUUUGGAAGGUAUGGAGGCGCUCCGUCUCAGAGAAGUAAACUUCUGGCACUACUUCGUCAUGUCGAGGUGUCCAAGCAUGUAUGAGUGUUCAAAUGCGAGUUUACUAGAACUAGUGGAAGGGCUCCCGUCUCGGAAGCUAAACACUUCUGGCCCCAUUCCGCAGUUCCAAGUCAUGCUUGUAGUAACACUCAUUCAAGUAGCACAUGUUUCUGCUAGAAUUACAAAUACAACGAUAGUUGCCCACAUGUUUUUGUGUAGCGGAAAACAAGCUGUGAACAAGCGUAGAGGAGCAGAAAUGGGAUUCGAAUUGUAGAGAUGGAACACUUCAGU